AUGGCAGAGGAUCUCAUUCCGCUGGAGAUGUCACUUCAUGAAGGGCAGGCAAAUGAUGCCCUUUACAACCUCCGAAUUCACUUGUGCAACAAGGUGAUCCUGUUCCGAACAACAGUUAGGCAAGCCAAAUCUCAAGCCCUGAAAACUCGAGCUUGGUCCCAGGUGACGUCAGUGCAGCAGGCGGUAUCCCUUCAUGCCAGUAUAUAUACCAAGACCCAGAAGCAAAUGAUAAAACUUGAGCCUGGGCAAGACCAGCUUCAGAAAUACAAACCCCUGCUGUGUGAUCAGCUGAAAAUCAGCACUGCCAUCGGAGAUCCAAAUGCCCGAGGUCAGCAAAAUGAGUCCCUUGCUUGGUUCUGGUCUGUCAAAGUGGAGUUGGAGGGUCCUGAUCAAUCGUGGAAUGAGGAAUCAACGCAGUGGGGUGACAAAAUGCAGGAAUCAUUAGUGAAACACCUUCCGGGUCAUGCAUCUUACUCGGGAAGGCAAUCCAGAAUGUAUUCAUUACUGGCGCAGGAUGCCCAGGCAGCAUUUCAAGACCUGCAGACCGUGUUGAUAGAUGCUUUAGAUGAAUGA